AAAGGCAGGAAGUAGUCUCGGGAUACAGGAAGUGGUCGCUGCAGUCAAGCCGCUGUCUACUGUGCUGAUCGGACCAGUGUUUUUUUACGUCCGUCCCGGGCCACCAUGUCUCGUGCCCGUCAGCCCCCGCUCGUCACGGGCAUCUCGCCCAAAGAGGGUGCAGCCUGGACCAAAGUCACCAUCCGUGGAGAAAACCUGGGCACCGGCCCAGCUGACCUCAUUGGUCUGUCGAUCUGCGGCCAUAACUGCCUGCUGACAGCCGAGUGGAUGUCGGCCAGCAAAAUAGUGUGCCGCGUGGGCCCUGCCAAAGAUGACAAGGGGGAGAUCAUCGUCACCACCAAGUCUGGAGGUUUCGGCACCUCCACGGUCUCGUUCAAACUGCUCCGGCCGGACAGGAUUGGUAUCCUGGACCAGUCUGCGGUGUGGGUGGACGAGAUGAACUACUACGACUUGAGGACCGACCGCAACAAAGGAAUAUCCCCCCUCUCCCUCCGUCCCAGCAACCCGCUGGGCAUCGACGUAGACAAGGGCAAAAUCCCACAGAAAGACGUGGAGCUGACGUUCCCAGGAAUGAGUGGAGACUUCACCAGCGAGAACUUCUCAGCCACCUGGUACCUAAUAGAAAACCACGCUGGCUCCAGUUUUGAGCAGCUGAAGAUCGCCGCCAGUAAUCUAAAGAAGCAGGCCACGAAGAAGAAUGAGGGCAGUCUGGCCUAUGUGAAAGGAGGCCUCAGUACGUUCUUCGAGGCUCAGGAUGCUCUGUCAGCUAUCCACCACAAGCUGGAAUCUGAUGGCACAGAGAAGGUGGGGGGAUCAAUGACCCAGCGCCUGGAAAACAUCCUCAACAAAGCGAGCGAUACCGCAGAUACUCUCUUCCAGGAGGUCUUGGGGCGGAAAGACAAGGCCGACUCCACACGCAACGCACUCAACGUCCUGCAGCGGUUCAAGUUUCUCUUCAACCUGCCAUUCAAUAUCGAACGCAACAUCCAGAAGGGAGAUUAUGACGUGGUGAUCAACGACUACGAGAAAGCUAAAUCUCUCUUUGGAAAUACUGAGGUCCCUGUUUUCAAAAAAGUGUAUGCUGAGGUUGAGACGAGGAUCGGAGCUCUGAGGAGUCUCCUGUUGGAGAAACUGCUGCAGACGCCGUCGACGCUUCACGACCAGAAAAGAUACAUCAGGUAUCUGUCUGAUCUGCACGCUUCAGGCGACCCGGCGUGGCAGUGCAUCUACGCCCAGCACAAGUGGAUCCUGCAGCUGAUGCAGAACUGCAGAGAUGAGUUCACCAGCGGACAGAGAGUGGGCGUCGGAGCCCUGGACCUGGCGGGGGACACCCGCCCGUCGGCCCCCGGCCGGCUCGGCCACACCGCGUCUCUGAACAGAGGGGGCAGUCUCCGAACGCCACGACCCAGCACCUGGCGCUACGAGACUCCACAGCAGGUGCAGUUUGUGGAGAAGCUCUCGGAUGUGAUGAUCGGUCAGCUGCCCAACUUCUGGAAGCUCUGGAUUUCUUACGUUAAUGGAAGUCUUUUUAGUGAGACUGGAGAGAAAUCUGGACACGUGGAAAAAUCCAAGAAGAACGCGAGACAGAGACAGAAUGACUUCAAGAAAAUGAUUGAGGAGUUGACCAAUCGACUGGUGAAGCUGAUCCGGGGGGCUCUCCUCCCCGCCACCCUGCCCCAAGGCGAGCUGAAGCUUUACGGAGGCUGGGAGGACAAGACGGAUCUGACUGGAGCCUGGCUCACGCAGAUCAUACACACCGUCAGGGGCUGCCACGACGCUCUGUCUGCUCUGGAGAUCCCUAACGACCUGCUGCAGGUGAUCCAGGACCUGCUGCUGGACCUGAGAGUUCACUGUCUCAUGGUGACUCUGCUGCACACGACGGAUGAUGUCAAGAGACUUGCUGAGAAGGAAGACUGGGUUGUAGAUAAUGAGGGGAUCACCAGCUUGCCUUCGCAGUUUGAACAGUGCAUGGUCCAGAUGUUGCAGUCGCUCAAAGAGCCCCUGGAAAUCAAACCGGGAGAAAUCAAUGUGUUGCAGUUGGACCAGGUCCAGGACCAGGCUGCAGAGCUCAGCGUGAGCAUCAUGAAGGUUUUCAUUAACUGUCUGGAGCAUCUGAGCACUAAGACAGAUAGAGACACAUCUCACAACAUUUCAGUGGAGCUUUCCUCCCCCGACCGGUUCUCUGGUGUUCAAGAAGGCUUCAGCCCAACAUCUGAGCAGCGUCUUCUCAUCAUCCUCAGUAACUGCCAGUACCUGGAGAGACGCACCUUCCUCAACCUGGCCAACCACUUUGAGAAACACGGCCUCACGGGGACGGAGAAGAUCACGCGGGUGAGCGUGGACGCCGUGCGGGAGCUGGACAGGAAACUCUUCGACUCCUACAUCGAGAGACGGGCCGACCCGAUCGCUGGCUCUCUGGAGCCCGGCAUCUACGCCGGAUACUUCGACUGGAGAGACUGUCAGACGCCUACAGGUGUGAGGAACUACCUGAAGGAAGCUCUGGUCAACAUCAUCACAGUUCACGCUGAGGUCUUCACCGUCUCCAAGGACCUGGUGCCUCGAGUUCUGUCUAAAAUUGUGGAGUCAGUUGCGGACGAGAUGUGCCGCCUCAUGCAGUGUGUGUCCUCCUUCAGCAAAAACGGAGCCCUGCAGGCUCGGCUUGAACUCGGUGCUCUGAGAGACGCCGUAGCCGCAUACCUAAACUCUGACAGCAACGCCAGCUUCAAACUGGCUCUGGACGCUCUGCCUCAGUUACACAGCGGAGCCGAUAAGAAGUUGUUGGAGGAGCUGCUGAACAAGUUUAAGAGCAGCAUGCAGCUCCAGCUCACCUGCUUCCAGCCCUCGUCCAUCCAGCCUGUCAAGAGAUAAACCUUCCACUCCACUGUCUCUUAUCUCUAAUGUGCACUCAGCUAUAUCUUUUCAGUUAUCACUUUAUUGUUUACUCAUCGCUUCUUUUUUUCAGUGUCACUUUCAAUGUCUGUUCAUCUAAUCUUGAAGACACUAAAUGAGUCGAUUUCAUUGUUACUGUGCAGGACAGUCCCAGUUGUGCUGGUUAUGCUAAUGAUGCACGGACUCUCACGUAGCCAGCAGGCAGCGUGGCUACCCCGAGAAGGUUCUGGAUCGAGCCUCAGUCAAGCUCUAAAGCCCCUAAACAUGAACCCUGUGCCACCUGCAUUGCCCAAUAAAAUAAUCCAAGUUA